AUGGCUGGCAGAGACGUGGAGACCCCAGACACCAGCCGCAUUCCUAGGCCUGACAUUCGCGCUCUUGUGUUUAUCCCAGGGUCUGUCGGUGACGGAGAGUUGGAAAGAAUGUUUGGAGAUAUCAAAGACGAAGGUGACGUUGCAAAUAAAGAAACUUUAUCGAUUUCCUGUGAUAACAAUGAACAAGAAGACGAGAACAAACACUACCUGUCGUCUGACUUUGUUGGUUCAAUUUUCAGAGAAUCGAAUAUAAAGGUCACAACAAUUACAUCCUUCAAACUCUCCAUAAGUGGUGGUAUACAUAUUAUCACUCGUGCAAAGCCUGAACUUUGUUGGUUUAAGUUCCAAGGUAGAAACAGCAUCAAGAUGGUCAACAGAUCUGGAAAAAUUGAGAAGAUGAUCAACCUGGGAACUAGGGCCAGAGGAUUUACCGUCACUUCAGAUGACAAAUUAAUCUUCUGUUGUACAACUCAGGAAUGUAUCAAGGAAAUGGAAUUGCCGGAUGGUGAUAUCUUUGAGAAAAUUGAUACCAGUCCUCUUACACCGAACUACGUAUGUACAGGUCCAUCUGGCCAUAUUUAUGUGACGCUGUAUGACGAGGAUGACUACGAUGUAACAGAAGACAGCACACGUGUACUGAUUCGGUAUGACAGGUGGAGAAAAGAAAAUGGCCGUUGUAAGAGGAAUCAGUUUGCCAAAAACAUAUUUGUUGUACCCGAGGAAGUCUCUGUAAACAAGGAUGAGACAAAAGUAGCAGUCAUUAAUCGCAUUUGUGAGAGAAGACGCGAACUGGUUCUCUUGGACAAGGAUCUGUCUCCUGUAUCAAUUUAUACAGGACCCAGCGUGCUGACUGGUGUCUCACUGGCAAGGUAUGAUAUCCGCGGCGCUCUAUUUGAUACACAAGACAACAUUUUGGUUGCUGAAUAUUACAGCAAAACUGUUCAAUUACUGAGUCCAUCCUGCGAGCCACUGAAGAUUCUGCUAUCAAUUGAUACCUCGCCAUGUGCCUUGACAGUAAACGAUGAUGAAGUUUGGCUGGGAGACAGCGAUGGAAACGUCAGGAUUUUUAGGUACUCGUUUUGA